UGAAAAUUGUUUUCUUUCCUCUACGCGCCCUAUUAUAAGAGGAACUGCAAACAAAUCUUUUGAGGAAAAGGGUGGUGGUAAAAUUAUAAAAAAUUGUGGGUGGCAAAGAAGAUUUGGAUGAUGAAGAUAAGGAAUGUGUAAAAGGUAGGCGGGGAACUGAUCAAGCCACCUACGCGCGCAUUUCCGAUUGUAAUAUAUUUUGGAAACCCUGAGACUAUAAAUUCAAAGCUUCCUCCUUCAAACGAGAGAAAAAUUAAAAUGUUAAAGGUCUUUUCACUUAAACUUAGACGCAAACGUUUUGCCGAUUCUCAGACGGCCCUAAAGCGUAAUUCGGAUAUCCGUCUUCAACAAUCCUUGUCUACUCCUAACUCAGCAAAUGAUCCGUCUAUUGCUCUGCUCAAUGGAAGUAAUGGGGUGGCUAGUGUUGGCAGAAAGGAUUCGGAAUAUAGGCGAUUUCGAAGUGAAGGGUCAACAACAGCGCCUGCACGUACAGGUGAAUUGCCUGUUGAUCUUCCAUUGGACUCACCGAUCAUUGACCCUCGUUCAUCUCCUCCAAAUCGGUUGAAUCUUUUCCAGCAGGAUACAAUGGUUGGCAAUGGUCCACUAACUAAACAUUCACAUACUGAACAAGUUAUGAUGAUGCACACACUCAAGACAAAAUUACAAAAAUAUCAGGGAUUUGUUGAUAAAGCUUUUCAACUAAUUGAGCAAGGACCAGAUGAGCAAGUUUUUGAGGGCUGUACUAUAGCUACAAAAGUUAUGACCAAAGCUUGGGUUUUCCCAAAAAUUUCACAAGAUUUGGCUCAUUCUUUAUGUGACUAUUUACGUGAGCAAAAUUAUUUGGAAGUGUUGUUAGGGCUAUUUACACGCCCAACAAUUUCUGAUUCUGUCAGGCUAUGUUGUGGACGAGUCUUGGAGGAAUGCCUAACUGGGAGUAAUUGUGAUGCAUUAAUUCUAAAGGGAUUUUUGAAAAAAGUAGUGACUACAGCUGAAAAGUUGAAUAAAAACCAAGAACAACAACGAAUGUCACUUUCAUUGAUGGAGGCGCUUUUCAAACAUUCAAUUGAAACUACCAGCAAAUUAAUUGAUAUGGGUGUGAUUGAUCAUAUAUUGUUAACGUGUAAGAGAGCAACUGAUACACCGGGAACAUUAAGGCAUGCGGCAUUAGCUUUAUCCAACCUCACUCUUUAUUCUUGCCCAGAGGCUAAAAAGAAAUUAAUCCAGAAAAAACUGCCCGAUUGGUUAUUCCUUCUAGCAUCUCAGCGUGAUGAUAUUACUCGGUACUAUGCUUGUUUGGCUAUAUGUGUGCUUGGUUCUGCCUCUACCAAUUCUAAGGAAAUGGAAUUGGCAGUUGCCAAGUCUGGCACACUCACUCUUGUUGAACCCUUUUUGAUCUCUCACCAGCCAGCCAUUUUUGCACAAGAAGAUUACAAAAAUUCGCAAGGUCGGCCUAGGGAAUGGUUAGCUAGACUAUUACCAUUACUUGGAUCUCGUUGUAGAGAGGCGAAAAGCAUGGCAUCUUUUCAUCUUUGUGUGGAAGCAAUUACAAAAAAAGAACAACAAAAAUUGGAGGUGCUUGCCGAAAUUGGUGCGAUUCAGGCACUUAAAGAAUGUGCCUCAAGUCCAGAUGAGUUACCUGCCAAAUUCGCAAGUGAAGCACUUACUGUUAUUGGAGAGCAAGUGCCUUAUAAACUCUCACAACAAGUUCCAUGCUGGUCAAUUAAGGAUGUUCAAUAUUGGGUGGAAAAGAUUGGUUUUGGCACUUUUAGCCAAGCAUUUGCAGCUCACAUGGUGGACGGGGAUUUGUUGUUACUUUUAACAGAAAAGGAGUUGGAGGAGGACUUGGGAAUGCGUUCUGGUCUUCUUAGAAAAAGGUUUAUGCGUGAACUGGAGAGCUUAAAAAUAGCAGCAGACUAUGGGUUGCUUUCUGUUUACACUUAUCAAAUGUUGGGAAUGGGCCUUAAUAGAAACUUACUUCCCCAGCUAACUAACGAUUAUCGUCGUUCAACAGGGAACCAACUAGCCAGUUUAAUAAAAGUUCUGCUCCAAUUAAGAGGCUACAAAGUUUUUAUUGAUGUUGAUAAACUCUAUGCGGGCAAAUUCGAUUCUCACCUUCUCAAAAAUAUUCAAGCAGCAAAACAUUUCAUUUUGGUCCUAACUCCUCACUCCUUAGACAGAUUGCUCAAUGAUACAAAUUGUGAAGAUUGGAUCCACAAAGAAUUACAUUGUGCAUUUGAACAUGGCAAAAAUGUUAUUCCGAUUUUUGAUCAACAAUUUGAAUUCCCAGCUGUAGAAAGUGAAUUGCCAGAUGAUAUAAGGCAGAUAACCAGGUUCAAUGGUGUCAGAUGGGUACAUGAUUAUCAAGAAGCUUGUAUAGAUAAGGUGGAAAGGUUUAUCAAAGGAGAACUGAACAGAGUGCCGUCACAAUCACUAGCCUGUUCCAAAACCCCUGUUAAUGGUGGAGGUACUGUUUCCAUUGUCAAUCGACGUCCAUACAAAUUAGCUGGGCCUUCUUCUACAACAACAACUGUCAAUCCCGGUAGUAGACGUUGCUCACCUACUCCACCAAACAACGUUGUUAAUAAUGUACCUCCCAAAAUGCCACUUAGAAUGGGAGGAGAAAAGAGUGAAUUGAACAACAAUGUUGGAGGAACUAAUUCAGUUCGUUCAGUUCCUACUGAAAGAAGAAGGCCGAAAUUAUUCUCUUCAAUCAGUACUGUCGAAAUUGAGCGUUGAAAUCAGCAAUAGUUCUAUGUACAAAAUUUUUUAUCACUUUAUCAUAUUCUCAUGUUUAUAGCAAUUUUUAUAUAUCACCACCUCUUUCUUUGUGCCCGCCAUAGUGCCGUCUCUUCCCCCUUAACUGCCCUUUCUCCCAAUUUUUCACCCGGUUUUUUUCUUGUUUUCUCUUUCCAACACAGCUUUAUCAGUUAAUUAAGAAAAGAAUAAAUUAAAAUGAUUUGACCUCGGUAUUGGAAAGAAAAAAAGUAGACAAGCUUUUUAAUCUUCAAAGAGUUUACCGCCUUUUUUCUUCUCUCGACUGAAACUGCGUAAUAAACUCGCAUUGUGUCAUAGCAAUUAAAAAAUAUACCUAUUGACCAGGAGUGUGAAGAAACGGAUGUAAAAAGCGAAAGGCGAAACACUAAAAAAGGCGAAAAUUCGGCGAAAGGCGAAGGACCUCUGUAUGGACCAGGGAUCCUGCCGUCCCGAUUCCCGAAAUCGGAAACUGGUUUUUGUUGGCAGUAGUGCCCAUGCUAUGGACCUCCAUGAGACUUAUUCUCUUGUUAAUGAAUAUCGCCUCAAGGUGAUUUAAUGUGAGAUAAAAUUUAUUUUUAAAAAGUUCAAAAUGUGUGUGUGGAUUUUAUUUUCUGCGCAGAUCCUGGUUCCAUAAAAUAUUCUUUAAUUUAUUUUUAUUUUUCAUUGUUCAACAAAGAUGAAUUUUAUUAAUUAGAAAGAAAUAUCCUUUAUUUAAUUAUACGACUUUUUUAGUUUAAAAAUAAAUUCGCCUACCCUAUUUCCUAUUUUUAUUGCUUUUUCGAUGCAAAUGCAGUGAUUUUUUUGAUGGUUCCCAUUCAAUUGCUGUGUUUUUUGGGACGCGGCCUCCUUUACACUGCAAACGGGGAAUGCCGUAAAAUGUUCUUUAUUUGAAUACAAAAACAUCUACACAAACAAUUCUGCCAUUUUUCCAUCUGUCCUGCCCCUUUUCUGAUUUAUUGCGCAUCGCUUCUUCUUUGUACUAUCGGCUGGUAGCCAUAUAAAUAUGGUUGUUGGAUAGAAGAAACCCUGGACAUUUUCGUUCCUAACGUCAUUUUGCCCAAUAUUUUUUGAUCAAUAUACAACAAAUACUCUUGACUUUUGUUUUCCUGUUAUCAGUAAUUUGACUAUUUUAUUUCGUAAUUAUUUUCUUCCUUCUCCAAAUAUAAUUGUAAUUUCCAUUAUUAAAAAUAGGCACCAUUUUAUCA